CGAUAUCAAAUUUUUUUUUUUAAUUAAUUAAUGGUCAUGUUACUUAUACACAUAACAUUUUACAUUCAUUUAUGUACUUUGUAUUUAACUACUAUUGGAUUAAAUUGUUUUGUUAUUCAAUUUUGUAAACGUUAUCUGAGAUGUAUAUACUUCAUUCGAAAAUUUAAGCUACUUUUUCAAGUACAGAGAUGGCAAUGGAUUUUCCAAAGAGCCUAUUCGCAAGAAAAAUUUCCAAAAAUUACAACGCAUUACACGGUUGUACCCAGAGAAACAGAUUCGAGAUGGAAAGAUAUAAACAUGGAACGAUAUGUAGAUGAAACAGACAUCUUGAUCGUUGGAGGUGGUCCAGCUGGACUAUCAGCAGCGAUUCAAGCACGAAAGCUAGCAGAGACCUAUGGAAAAGAGCUUCGAGUUACACUUGUUGAGAAGGCUUCGACAAUGGGAGGUCACAUCCUCAGCGGAGCUUGUAUAGAUCCAAUUGCUCUAAACGAACUGUUCCCAAAUUGGAAGGAACUGGGUGCACCACUAAAAACUCCUGUUACCAAAGACAAAUUUGCAUUCCUCACUGAAAAGGGCAGGAUAACGAUACCAAUUAUGAAAGGAAUGCCGAUGUACAAUCAUGGAAACUAUGUAGUCAGAUUGGGCCAUGUUGUAGCUUGGCUUGGAGAGCAAGCCGAAGCAUCAGGGGUUGAGCUGUAUCCUGGAUACGCUGCAGCUGAAGUUCUCUACCACGAAGAUGGUUCCGUGAAAGGAAUAGCCACGAAUGAUGUUGGCAUCGCCAAGGAUGGUUCUCCGAAGGACAACUUUGAACGAGGAAUGGAACUCCAUGCAAAGUGCACAAUCUUUGCUGAAGGUUGUCAUGGACAUCUCACGAAACAGAUUUCGAAGAAACUGGACCUUCGAAAGGACUGCGAACCCCAGACUUAUGGCAUAGGAUUAAAGGAGAUCUGGGAAAUUGAUCCGAAGAAGCACAUGCCUGGCACGGUUGAGCAUACAAUUGGUUGGCCAUUGAAUAAGAACACUUACGGUGGUUCUUUCUUGUAUCAUCUCAAUGAAGACACACCACUUAUCGCCAUAGGUUUUGUUAUUGGAUUGGAUUACUCUAAUCCUUACUUACACCCAUUUAAGGAGUUUCAAAGAUUCAAACAACAUCCCAGUAUUAGGCCUGUUCUUGAAGGAGGAAGCAGAGUAGCGUAUGGCGCAAGAGCUUUAGUAGAAGGGGGCUUUCAAUCCAUUCCUAAACUUCAGUUUCCUGGUGGAUGUCUUAUCGGUUGCACAGCAGGGUUUCUCAACGUUCCCAAAAUUAAGGGAACGCACAAUGCUAUGAAGAGUGGCAUGCUUGCAGCGGAGAGUGCUGUUGAGGCCAUAAUCGACUCAGAGACUAAUCCUUCGCCUACGAAAGGCAUAGAACCAAAGACUUAUACAGAUAAAGUAAAGAAUAGUUGGAUUUAUAAGGAAUUGAAAGCUGUGAGAAACAUGAGGCCAAGCUUCCAUACGAGCCUUGGUGUUUACGGAGGAUUGCUGUAUUCUGGUUUUUCUAUGUUACUUGGUGGAAGGGAGCCUUGGACUUUAUCUCAUGGUGGUCCAGAUUACAAAAGAUUAAAACAGGCAUCUGAAUGCACACCGAUAGAGUAUCCAAAACCUGAUAACGAAGUGUCCUUUGAUUUGUUAUCCUCUGUGGCUCUCACAGGGACAAAUCACGAAGCAGAUCAGCCUCCACAUCUUACAUUAGCUGACGAUACAAUCCCAGUUACAAGAAAUUUAAAGGAAUUUGCUGGUCCGGAAGGUCGAUUCUGUCCUGCCGGUGAGUAAUAAAUUUCCUUCAUUU